AAUGAAAUCUCAGCCUAGGGUGUUUCCCCGCCUCUGAACUGAAGCAUGGAAGAGCAAGCGGCGUCAUCGUCUGCUUACGGCGGCGGAAAAACCGUGAAGGAAUGCGAAUCCAUGAUCCAGAAAAGCCUCCGAACUCCGAUGGUGAAAUUUUUGAGGGAACGCUUGGAGAAAGCCGGUUGUCCUGUGGGCAACAAUUUCUUCAGAGCUGUAAAUUGCGAUGUGAACAGAAGUGGCGGUUACAUUCCCGGUGAAGGGAUAGUAGUGUGUGUGAAUAAAAUAAAUUUACAAGAUGAGGUUAACCAGGUGAUAGCUCAUGAACUGAUUCAUGCGUUUGAUGAGUGUCGUGCUGCCAACUUGGAUUGGAAUAAUUGUGCUCACCAUGCUUGUAGCGAGAUCCGAGCCAAUCAUCUAAGUGGUGAUUGUCAUUACAAACGGGAACUGUUGCGAGGUCAUUUGAAGAUACGUGGCCAUGAACAAGAAUGUGUGAGACGAAGAGUUAGGGCUUCAGUGUCUGGAAACCCUAAUUGCUCCGAAGCGGCUGCCAAAGAUGCCAUGGAAGCUGUUUGGGAUGUUUGUUACAAUGACACACAACCCUUUGACAGAGCCCCGUAGCUGAGGCUAAGAUAAGUUUAUGAAACUGUGAUUCUUUUGACUUGUUUUGGAUCAUUUUUAUCUGAGCCAGGAAUACAGGAAAGUUAUUCACCUAUGCGAACAAAACCAUCAUUUUUUACACGACCUUGUCCAAUUUAAAGGAAACUACAAUAAAUGUUGGUCAAGUUGGGUUUCAA